UUAGUAGGAAGCCAAGCGAAAGACGGGUCACAAAGCAACUCAACGCGUCCGAGUCACCUCCCUCACUCGACUCGCUCCCUCAUCUUCUCCAUCGUCAUACCACAGCCGGGUUUUUCAUCUUUCGCAUAAUUUUAAGAGACCCCAUCAUCAAAACUUUUCGACUCAAAGCAAUCCUUGUCGUUUUUAGACCUACACAAUCAACCCCAUUUACUCGAUUCUGUUCUGUAAGUCUCGGAUUUCCCUUAUCAAGGAUCGUUCGGAUUCACAUUACUCAAAAUCAACUAGCUGUUGCAACUAUUGCAGACAUGAGUUUUGUUUUCCGUGGAACAAGAGUUCCAGACAUAGAAAAUGGUCUAUCUGGAUUUAUACCUGAACGGCGUGCAAUGCGGGUUCAUGCAGCUCGUCCCGUUAACUCAAACUCGCUUGCCUUUCUCGUCACAGUCCUUUUGUUAUUCAUGAUAUUAAAUUCUCACCAGAUGUCACCGAACUUUCUGCUCUGGCUUGUGCUUGGUGUCUUUUUGAUGGCUACAACAUUAAGGAUGUACGCAACUUGUCAACAACUUCAGGCUCAAGCCCAAGCAAGAGCUAUGGCAGCCAGUGGCCUUCUUGGUCACACUGAAUUGAGGUUACAUAUGCCACCAUCAAUAGCACUUGCAACUAGAGGGCGUUUACAAGGGCUAAGGCUUCAACUUGCUCUGCUAGAUCGGGAAUUCGAUGAUCUAGAUUAUGAAACUUUGAGAGCUUUGGAUUCUGAUAAUGCUCCGACAACACCUUCUAUGAGUGAGGAACAAAUAAAUGCUCUUCCCGUUCAUAAAUACAAGGUUCCGGGUCCUCAAAGCGAUCCCUCUGUAAAUCAGCAAGCUUCAUCUUCAGAAUCUAACGAGAAGAGACAAGAUUUAGUUAAUGCAGUUGGCAGUACCAAGACCUCUGAGGAUGAACUCACAUGCAGCGUUUGCUUGGAGCAAGUAAAUGUUGGUGAACUCAUACGUAGUUUGCCAUGUUUACAUCAGUUCCAUGCCAACUGCAUAGAUCCGUGGCUGCGACAGCAGGGAACAUGCCCUGUUUGUAAAUUUAGAGCGGUGUCCGGGUGGUCAGAACAGGGGCAAGGGGAAACUGAUGCUUAUAUGGUUUAAUUGGAUAUCGAACGAUGCUUGACAACUCAUUAAAUAGCAGAGGACAUGAACAGACGUGGUGUAAUUAGGUUAAGGGUAGAGGCAUUACAGGAAUUGCAGUUGCCGCUCUGUAUCUUUGAACUUCUGACGAGCCAUUUAAUUGUAUUCUUGAAGUUGAUCAUUUGUGAUAGAGUCUCUGAUCAUUGUGAGUGAGCAGAGUUUUGUUCUUUCACUGUCUUCAAUGUACUAUUCCAAUCCUUGUUAGCAAAGUACUUGUUACCUCUAGAACUAAACACUACAAGGAAAAUUUUCUACA